GAGGUAUUUUUUACAAACGAGGAAAUAGGCAUAUCAUUUAACAAAUUACUUGGAACGUUAACAAUACGAAAAGAAUAUCAAGUAUCUUUCGAAGUUUAUUUAAUCUCAUUUUUAAAUACAUACUCAACCGUAAUUCACAUUACUAAUGGAAUUAAUUGUUGUGGUUACGGAAAUAGAGUUGCGAUUCUUUCUUUUUAUCAAAGUUCAAUGGCUGAAAUCAGUGCCCCAAUAAACGGCGAUGGUAAUUAUUAUUUCAACACAAAACCAUUUUUACUUCGGAAAUGGACAAAAGUAACAAUAAGACAGUAUCUAAGUGCUGGUGACUACUACUAUACUGUAGAAAUCGAUGGAGAGACUGCCCAUUUUGUAAAAAAUACUUACCCUCAGGACUUUCAAAAUGUUCAACUAUUCGCCAGUAAUAUAUGGCAUGAUCCACAACCAGGAUUUAUUAGAAACUUAUUUAUACAAUGUCAAAUAAAUUUCUGCGAAUUAAUAACUGCGAUAUCUGCAAAGCAAAACUUAAAUGAAAUAAAUCUUCGUGUAAACAUGACAACUGACUGUUUAUGUUCUAUUCAAAAUAUAAGUUUUUACCUACAAGCAGAAACAAAGUUGAUAUUUAAAGGUUUUUAUUGGGAUGGAAAUGAUCACUUAAAUGAUUUCUCGGUUAAUCAGAUUGGAAAAUUCUCUGUCGUUCAGGUGAAAAAUCUUUACAAAAUGACUUAUGUAACCUUCUCAGCAGUAUUAUCUUUUGAUAAGAAUAUUCCGAUUAAAAAUACAAGUGUGUCGAUCAUAGUUAAUUCACGCUGGAUUUAUAGUGAUAAAGAUCCUGUAUUCAAAACUGUCCAGCAAAGGAUCUCAGUUUUAAAGGAAAGAGUGCUUAUAAAAAUGGAGCCAUUGUGGUAUUAUAAAAAGCAAAAUGGAACAUUUUUACAGACAGAAAAAUUUCAGUUUAUUUGUGGAUCUAUGCAGAAAAGACAGCCAAGUCUUUGUUUUCAACGUGAAAUAUCUACUGGAAUAGUUACCUUUCUGCCAAUUAACGUGCUGGAUGUGAUAGGAUACGAUUCGAACAUCGCAGUUAUUUACGGACGUACGCAUGGAAGUAAUAUUAUAAUGAUAGACCUAACUAAGAAAAAACAUAUGAUUAUAACAAAAGAAAAAUGCUCUCGAAUAAUAGCGUGUGAAACUUUUUAAAUGGAAAUCAACAUGAUAAUGCUGCUAUAUAAAGCAGAUAUAAACGCGUGUCUAAUUUUUUUCAUAUAAGAUUUUAUCUUCAAUUUGAUUAUAUUCUGAAAAACAAUUUAUUGGACGAUAGGAAAAUUAAAAGAAGUUGUUCAUUUUAUCUUAUGAACAACUAAUAAUUUCAUGGCAAUGCAUUCUUCAUUUGACACCUGAAAUAAAAAACCUUUUAAAGAUUAAAAAAAAGGGAGAAGAAAUCUAAACUGUAUCUAUUUUAGCGUUUUUUGAUUUUUACUCAAACUAUUUAAUUAAUUAUUCUUUGAAAAUAAUUAUUAUUUAAAAAAAAAAUUAUAUAGCAAUAAUUAUUUAAAGAGCAGUUUUCCAAAACGGGUUAAGUCACAUUUUUAUUGUUUUGAGAAAAACACAAAACUUAUAGUCCGGCAAAGAUUUUUCUAAUAUCUAUA